GUCAAUAAUGUCCACUUUUUAUUUUUUAAUUUCAUGGCCACCUGUCAGUGAGGCAAUAAUUUGUUGGGUUUUUUCUCGGGUUGACUACUAAUUUUUCGUAUUCGUUCUUCGACUCUGCUGCAGAAUUUCGUAAUCGUCAUUGUUUUUUCUUCGAGUUCGGGCUUACGUUGAAUGUACGAUUGUCUUAAAUAAUUUAAUUUUAAUACUUGGAUUCACACCGAGAGCUGAGAGUUGGAAUUGGAAAUACUAGUGAAUAAAAAUAGUUGUUUGUGUUUACCUCGGUGUUUACGCUUCCCAAGUUUUCACUGUUUGCAUUCUUGGAAAGAACGCAAAAUGUUCUCGCCGUGAUUAAAAGUCGAUUAUGAAAUGGCCGAAAAUUGCACAGUGGUGAGAUUCUCGAGGGAACCAUCCCUUGCAAAGAUUGAGAACCUAAAGCAAAACGAGAACCCGGAAAAAUUUUCGGAAUGCGGGCGAUUUAGCAUUUUUUACGCAAUUUGUAUUGCCUUAUCGAUCAUAACCUAUGUCCUAGAUCUGGUUUUGGCUUGCAUUUUGUUGUAUUUUUAUUCAGUCAAUGGACAUGGGGUAUAUUUUGCUCUGACCCUCACUUUUGUGAUUAUUCCUGCUCUUAUUAUGACUACCGUUAGCUUUCGAUGGUAUAUUGUGGACCAUGAUGAUCCAGCUUUGAACAAAACUUCUGUUUCCCAAUGGAUAAUCAGGAUAAUAUUCCUGCUGCUGCAGUUGGCCCCAUUGCUCAGAUAUAUUGACACCCUAAUCUUGGGUAUCCGCAGUAAAAUUGCUGGGGCUACUGACAAUGAACCAAAAAGGGCAAUUCUUUACAGGAGAAUGCUGGAUGAAGACACCAAUAGUGCCCUACUGAGGCUGUUUCACUGUUUCUUGCAUGCUGCACCUCAGGCUAUUAUACAAUUGGUGAUAUUGUUGACACAUGUUGUGCAUCCUGAGAAACCAAUGUUAGAUAUAAAUGUUGCUGUUCUACAAGCAUGGAGUGUUCUGGUGGGCCUAAUGUCCAUGGCUUGGUCUUUGACUUCUUACCACAGAUCUGUGAGGUAUGCCAGGGAUGACAAGGACAAAAUUAAAUGGGGAGGAAUAUUGGUGGCUUUCUGUUGGCAACUCAUGAGUGCAUUGUCAAGAGUGCUGGCCCUCAGCCUGCUGGCGUCGAUCUUCCCGGCGUGGAUGGGGUGCGUGUGCGCCCUGCACUGGGGCGUGAUGUCCGUGUGGCUGGCGCUGGGCCAGCACCAGACCGCCGCCUGCAACAGCCGGUGCGACGAGCUGCUGCUCUCUGCCGCCCUAGGCCUGGCGUACGUGCUAGCCUUCAUAUCGCCGCGAGACGGCCCCACUCGCUACGUUUACCUUGCCUACUACCUGGUCUGCUUCAUGGAGAACACCGCCGCCCUGGUGGUGUGGUGCGUCACCAACAACUCGCUGGACAACCCCGUCCUCUACUACGGCGCCGCCGUGGGACAAGUGAUCGCUUUCCUGCUAGCCAUCGUCUUCCUGCUCAUCUACUACAAGUGCUGUCAUCCGUCGUUGAUGAACCGCUCGAAGAUACCGAGCUUGGACUCGGACUUUUUGGAGUCCGAGAGGCCGGGUUACAGCAAGAGCUACAAUCUGAGGUCGAGGUCUUGAUCUUUGGUGUACGUCUGAAGGGACGUGGUAGAUGCCGGUACACGGGUAUAGAUAUAAAACACGAUUUGGGGGCGAAAAGACUUGAAAUCCGAUGGGUAAUGACUCGAAUCUGCUCACAUCAAACUUGAUUUAUUGCUGGGCGAUUUCAGCUUCGGCAAUGCUACCGAUGAAACUUGUAAUCAUAGGUAAUUUUUAUCACUUUUCAUGCGAUGGUUUCUUUUUUUUUUUUCUUUUUUUUUCGAAAAAUUGGUUUGUUACCUACGUAUUUUGGUCUGAAAAACACGAAUUAGGUAAUGAAAAUGUGAACAAACCAAUAUUUAUCAAGAUAUUUCAAGGGAUAGUUCGAAAUUUCGCCUUCAGUUUCCCCUAUCUUGGAUGCAUCAACAGCUACUUGCUCUUCUUAUAUUGUCAUUGAACACUUUACAUACCC